CGCGACGGUGUCAAUAUUUUAGCCUCUCCCUUUAAUUUUCUGCGAAAUGUGUAAAGUCACGACCGCGGGCCAGACGUUUUCCGUCCGUCGCAGAGAAUGGACUUCAUUGGCUACGAGUAUUAUAGAUUCUUGAAAUUCUGCUUCUUCGUGAUGGGACUGACAUCGUACAAACCAACGCAGUUACGCUUAAUACAUACUACGAUCGUAUGUUUGAUACUUCUACUCGGUUCAACAUUUUUCGUGUUUUCUCUCGUGGAAAAUAACGCUUGCACCUCUCAUUCAUUUUCAUUCCAAACAAGCAUUACAGUUUUAAUAGCAAGUGUAAAUAUAAAAUAUGGUUUAUUUCUUGUAAAAUCUGUAAAGAUAGAGGAAUGGUUAAAGGAUAUCAAACGUGAUUGGAAUUACAUACAAGAAAGAAUUUGAAAUACUUAAAACACACGUGGCGAUGGGAAAUCGUUAUGCAAAUAUUUAUUUAAAUAUGAAGGAAAUUAAUCGUCGCACAAGGCGGUGAGGAAAUGUAUAACGAUAAUAUUUAAGAUGUAUUGCAUUUAUAAUUUGUAUCUGUCAUUUCGUUUUUACUGUUUCUUCUACAUUGCAUUCUCGAGGAUUUAAUAUCUAUGAACAAAACUGUGUGUUAUUUACCGUCUAUUUCAAUGAUGUUUCUGAAACAAUCUCGAAAUUAUAAGUUGCUUGUCAUUUUGACGAACAAUACAAAUAUUCUGAUGGCAUCAGUUUUCUAUUGUUGUCAAACUAUCUUUUUAUUUGCUACUUUGCAUAUACGUGAUCUGUACAAAAUUGCUCUCUGAGUAUAGUUUUUAUUCUGUACCAAUAGCGAUUAGAUGUUAUGAAGUUUUUCACACUUAUUAGUUACCAAAU